AUGGUGGGGCGCGAGCGGAAGCUUAGCACGAAGGCGCGCGAGGCGGCAGAGAGCGCGGCGCUGCAGGAGGCACUCGACGAGCCGGUGGAUGCCGAGGUGGUGUUCGGCGACCUCAACACGCUGCUCGCAGCCGCCAACGACGGCGCAGUGCCGGGCUGUGCAGUGAAGAGAUUGCGCGCCGGCCGCGGCAAGAAGCGGAAGCGGUCGCCAGCCGGGAGGCAGGCCUGCGAGCACUGCGCCGUGCAGGUCCUCGACCUGCCGCAGCACCGCCGCCGCGGCUGCAGCGCGCUGCUCGGGCCGGCGGCGGAGCGGCGGGUGGCCUGCGAGCACUGCGGCCUGGAGGUCGUCAACUUGGCGGCUCACCGCCGCCGCGACUGCAGCUCGCUGCUCGGGCCGGCGGCGGAGCGGCGGGUGGCCUGCGAGCACUGCGGCCUGGAGGUCGUCGACUUGGCGGCUCACCGCCGCCGCGACUGCAGCUCGCUGCUCGGGCCGGCGGCGGAGCGGCGGAUGGCCUGCGAGCACUGCGGCCUGGAGGUCGUCGACUUGGCGGCUCACCGCCGCCGCGGCUGCAGCUCGCUGCUCGGGCCGGCGGCGGAGCGGCGGGUGGCCUGCGAGCACUGCGGCCUGGAGGUCGUCGACAUGGCGGCUCACCUCCGCCGCAACUGCAGCGCGCGGCUGCCGGAGGACUACCGCGUCUGCGGCGGCUGCAGCAAGCCCUUCGAGGGCUACGGGUUCAAGAACCCGUCGCUCCUCAACACGCCCAACAUCUGCGCGACCUGCUCGCGGCGCGACUCGCGCCUCUGCUCCCGACGGCUCGCUCGGCCACGGCAGCUAACCGUGUCUCUUUACAUCCCUAGGUCCGAGUACCUCCGCCGCAACGUGCCGUGGCCGGGCGACUCGUCGGCCGCCUACUGCGUGGUGUGCUCCCGCGAGGGCGAGCUCGUCUGCGCCGGGUUCGACGGCCCUCCCGACGCCUCCGGCCGCUCGGCCCCGCACCAGCUCUGCUCAAAGCACGCGGUCGAGGCGGGCACAAAGUCGUCUCACAAGGCGGGCGCUUCGCACGCGGCGUGCGACGCGCUGCACGUGCUCGCCAAGCAGGAGGGCCUCGACGUGCUUCGCCACGUGCACUUCGAGGUCGGCGAGGAGCCCGAGGGUUGGGAGGCGAGCAUCCUCGCCGACCACCCUCGCAUCAAGGUGGACGCGGUGUGCCGCCGCGCCUCCGACGGCGCGCUCGUCGCCUACCAGUACCAGGGCAACCGUUACCACGGGUUCCCCCCCGGCAACCCGCUGCACGAGACGUUCGGCGUCGGGCACCAGUGGGGCCCGGCGCUGUGGAACAAGACGCGCCGCCGCACCGAGCAGUACAUCAAGGGGCCGCACCUCGGCCUCGACGGCACGUCCCGCCCCGAGGGCUACGUCGUCGUGGAGGUUUGGGAGCACGACUACAUCUCCUACAAGCAGCAGGUCAAGGCGGCGCCGCGCGGCGGCGAGGUCUCCGCGCCGCCGACGCUCGCCUUCACCCAGCACGCCCACGACCCGGACCUCGACAUGAGCGAGGCGGCGAUGGCGAGCCGCGAUGUGCCCGUCGACACGAUGCCAGCAGGCGACCACGUGCGCUCGAAGCAGGCGCGCGUGUGCGCCAGCCUGAGCGCGCUGAGCGCGGCCGGCGACGGCCGCGUCGCUGUCAACCUCGCCGUCGCCACCGGCGGGCCCUGCCCGCUCUGCCGCCAGACCAAUUCCGCGGCCAAGGCCGCGGCCAAGGCCGAGGCGGCUAGCGUGUAG